AUCGCCAGCUCAUCUCUGCCACUCCACCAAGCUGGUAAGUCAUGAUACGAUUAAUCCAGCGAACUCUCAGUAUUUUAGGUCGUUUGUUAACAUUGCUUCUUUAAUUCCUUGUGUUUGUUUAUCAAAAGAAUAACUCUUUAAAUUAAGAUAUUAAUACCCCCCUCCCCGCCACCAGCCCAUGUGCUCCCCCCGUCUACAUGUUUUCUUCCUCACUUGCUGUAACUGCGCCUCUUAACGAUUUAUUCACGUCCUGGUUCACUUACUAAACUAACAAACUGCUGUAAACGACGACCUGAAUACAUUUUACAUAUCCACUAUUGUCAGAGCUCCACUAUUUUAUGCUAAAUCUAAGAAUUUGGAUUUUAAUUUAGAACAAUUCUGACUUUAGUGUAAAACCUCUACAGCCAAACUUUAAAUCCUAAAUCGCAAUACUUGGACCGUAACAAGGGAAACUCUCUGUAGCCGCGAUAUUUUAUCCUGAUGUUAGAAUUUGGCGUCCAGUUCAGUUCUGUAUAGUGAUUAAACUGUGUCCCUUUAAACUUGGGGCCACAGACUAAGGAAUUAGCCAUAUUACAAACUGGGGGGGGAGCACAGACUAAAGAAUUAGCCAUAUUACAAACUGGGGGGGGGGGGUACAGACUAAGGAAUUAGCCAUAUUACACUAAAGUAUCUUUACCAAACCAAAACUGUUAGCCAGCUGUGAAUUGUGGGGAUUGUAGUGCAGCUCCCACUUUAAAGCCUAGUCUUUGACUCAGCCGGCUUAUACGUUUUGUUAUACUUCUGCCGGCACAAUGUAUAGUUAUUAUUUCUUGAAUUGUGUUUUCACGGAAGGAUUUAUACGAGGGAUCUUAGAUUCUGGCCCGAUGCUAUUCAUGGGAUUUGUAGUUCAGUAACAUCUGGGGAGACAGACUUUGUUUUACCCUAAAUCCUGAAUUAUAAAAUUUAGGCUAAAAUAGUCAUUCUGUGACUAUAGCGUAAAUUAGACCAUUCUCCCAAAUCCGUUCUUCUGUCCUACAUUUUGCAAUGCUUAACCGACACAUACCCCAUUGUUGCAUAUUUAGCUGUGACUGCAGGUUUAAGAAUCUUGCGCAAUCAGCGUGGAGGCGGCCUUCUUCCACUGGCCCUGCGCCAUCAAUGCCCAUUACUGAUCAAAAGGCUUGGCGGCAGAGAGACAGAGAUUGGCAGGAUUAGCAGCCAAUCGGAUUACACAAUCUGUAGGGCACUGCCAGUUUUCUGCCGUACCGUAAACAAGAAUUGUUUAUCUGAGCUCUUUGAUGCUGCGCCCACAAUGGCCAAAGCAUGUUUAGAAGUAAUUUUUCACUUUUCAUAAAAGGUGUUGGGUUGAACGGAGGAUGAGAUUUAGAUCAGAGCCGUUUUAAAAGCACUAUACGAUGGUGCAUAGACUGUUACCGAUAAUUCCUUAUAAUUUUGGACAAUUUACUUGCCAUGUGCAUAUGUUUUCAGUGCUUCUGGGUAAGGAGUCUUGGUGGAUCCUCCAGGCAUCAUGUUGUGGUGUGUCAUCCUAAUGGCAUGUGCGCUGUGUGCAGACUGCGCAGGUAAUAAUUAUCUGGAUGUCUGCAUGAAUGGGACGCAUCAGAAAACUGAACCGGGACCCGAAGACAACUUACACGGACAGGUGAGACCUUUCUAAACAUCUAACAUCCUCCCGUACAGGACCAGAUUGCUCACUAGGUAGAGUAGGAACAUGUCCUGUUGGGGGUGACUGUUUAUAACACUAAAACGUGCCUCUUUGAAGCUUGGGUAAGCUGGUGAGGAGAGGUGAGUACCAGGAGCCCUGGACAUUGCCAGCCUUAUAGGAGAGCUGCUGGAGCAGUUAUAGAGGGUGUAAAACUCAGUGCUGUCCCAGUUCCUCCAAUGUCACAAAGCUCACCCUUUGGUGAGCCAAUCAGAUCAUCCAUUAAUGCAGGGCCGGUGCAAGGAAUUUUUGCCGCCCUAGGCAAAAUAAAAAUUGCCCCCCCCCCCCAUGUGACAUCAUAAUGCCCCACCCAUAUGAACGAACGCCUGCAGGGACCGGCUAUAGAUACCAGAACCACUUCAUUAAGCUGUCCCUUUAAUGUAGAGGUAAUCUACAGAUUAGUGUCACUAAUAACAUACCAGAUUGCCUACUUACAACCAGAUGAGGAUGGUGAUGAUGGGCUCUGAUGAAGGGAUGCAUUGUGUGUUUCUGGUUGUGUGAAAGGGAUGCAAGGUGUCUUUUCAUCUUGGCAGAAGCAGUAUGCAAAGUAUUAGCAGUUCGGCUUGUGCAAAAGCCAUUUGUACAUAUCCACUGUAACGGAUCACCUGGCACACUGACUGGGUACCUCAGUUGAAGGAUGCUCCUAGUGCUUCCUGAGGGCUCCAAGCACUCCAGCAGACACCAUAACCACCGUAGACUCCUUCAGAGAGCAAAAACCGGAACAAGCUCUUACAAGAGCUCAGUGAUUAUAGCAAGAGAGUAUGGAGAGCAUAGCAAUCCUUUGUAGCAGAUUCCCUCAAUAAGAGACGGCACUCCAAAUUGAGGGUGAAGUAGAACUGACUGUACUGGCACAUACAGCCUUUUAUUCACAAUCCACAAACAUAGCACUGCCCACAGGGUUUUGAAAUACAACCAAUCAAUCCGUACAAUACACACAGACAAUCCCACACAAAAUCCUCCCUUCUUUCGCUCCUUCUUUCGCUCCUUCUUUCGCUCUUUCUUUCGCUCUUUCUUUCGCUCUUUCUUUCGCUCUUUCUUUCGCUCUUUCUUUCGCUCUUUCUUUCGCUCUUUCUUUCGCUCUUUCUUUCGCUCUUUCUUUCGCUCUUUCUUUCGCUCUUUCUUUCGCGCUCUCUUUCGCUCUUUCUUUCUUUCGCGCGCUCUCUUUCGCUCUUUCUUUCUUUCGCGCGCUCUCUUUCGCUCUUUCUUUCUUUCGCGCGCUCUCUUUCGCUCUUUCGCGCGCUCUUUUUCUCUUUUGCGCGCUCUCUCUCUGUUCUCCUCAUACCCUGUGUAGCGUGGCAGAGCUCCGGUCCGCGGUACAGGAGUUUCUUUUUCCUGUACCCGGUCGUGCUCACUCAGAGUACUUCCUGUGAGUCUGGUCAGGUACAGGAAACGGAUCCUCGCGAACCGCACCGAGGCAUGGCCAUGCUACACUGAGGGACUGACUGGAGGGAGCACCGUGCACUUCCCUCCUGCUGAUCCCUCAUAUCUUGCACGCUCAUGGACGCGCCGGCCCAGGCAGUGCUGCAGCCCUGCAUGAACGCAUACCCCCGAUGCAUGAUCUGAUUGGUCUGUUUAGGGUGAGUGCUAACAUCUUCUAGAACCAAUCAGAUAAUGCAUCGGGGGUAUGCGUUAAUGCAUGAUCUGACUGGUGCAUGGGGUUACCCAAUCAGACCAGGCAUCAUCUGAACACGAACAGCCUCUCACACAGGAAAUGCCUUUCAGGAGGAGGGGAACCUCUGAGUGAUGCACAUAGUAUAACUGCUCCUGCACUGUGUAUCAUAGGACAGCAAUGAGCGAAAUAUACCAUAACUUAAUGGCUGGAGUUAUAGUACAACAUGAGCGGGAGUAUAGGGACAGGGGACCAUGUUCAGGGAAACCGUGUAAUCCAUAAGCUGUUAAUUGUUGAUCCUUUUCUGCUCCCAGUGCACCCCUUGGAAGGAGAAGUCCUGUUGUACGCCAGCAAUCAGCCAAGAGGCGCACAGUGACCAGUCCUACCUCUACAAUUUUGACUGGAACCACUGUGGAGCAAUGUCCCCGGAAUGCAAGAAACACUUCAUCCAAGACACCUGUUUCUACGAAUGCUCCCCUAAUUUGGGGCCUUGGAUCCAGGCGGUGAGCCCCUGUCAUGUUUCAUGUGUGUGCAGUAAUCGGAGUGCGGGUUUUAUACUGUAUUCCCACCAUAUGUCCAUGCCUUCCUGUCUUUCGUUCUAUGGUAUCGCUGUGGCCACGUGCCUACGCUGUAUUAAUGUUUUCAUUUCUACCCUGACUUUACUGACCCUUGGGCCACGCAAAAUAGGAGUUGUUUAGUGGGUUGAAAAGGAUUAAGAUCCUACAGUCCCCUAGGUAAGUUAUUGGAUUGGUGACCCCCAUUUUUUUUCUUCACAUGAAGAUAGUGGAUAGAACCAAGCAAAUUCAUAGUUCUGGGCCAAUGUCAAACCACUGGGACCUAGGGUCAUGUUAUCGUUAAUCCUAUAUAGAUGUAUAAAAAUAAGGGCGCGCAAUCACUUAGUAAAAAACAGUAUAGUAAACAAUAUGUAAAUAAUAAUAAAAAAGCAGCUAAAAAUACACUGGAAACAUUCGAUUUCCACAUACAAUCUAUUAAUAAUUGUGUUAGCGCUAUAUCAGAGAAGCCCACAGUUAUAUGCUGGGCACCCUAAAAGUAGUAAGUGGGGAAGAAAAAAAUAACAACCACUUAUUGCAUUAAAAUGUCAGUUCUAUACAAAACCUAAACAUUCUCCACAAUUAUUUGGUCAAUAUGUGUUCUUCCUAAAACAAAUAUAUAAUAUUGUCCCAGAGUCCUUUUGGUAUUGCAGGGGUUAAUCUCGCCACAUCGGUAAAAUCCACUGCUUUGGGAUACAAUGUAUGCCGCAACAGAUGGGACCUUAAAAAGAUCCUCAUAGUGCAACACUGUUUUUAAUUAUUAAAAAAGUAAAAAAACCUCUCCCCCCCCCCAAAGCGAACCCUUACAUGGACUAAUGGUGGUACUUGUUGCCAAGACACCACAAACAAACAUGGGUUUUAUACGAAUGGAAUAGAUGUUACUGCCCGUCCUUAUCUUCUCGGUCAGACUUAAAUCUCCCUACUGUGCAGCUGACAGUUGCUUUUGGAGAGACGCCAAGUAUGCGGACCGGUGUCGGCAAUCCCUUCGUAUUCACCCUUUUCAAACAGAAGCCGCUAGCACUUCAACGCGUUUCGCACUAA